CCUUACCUUCUGGCUUAGGUACCUAUUAGGUAUCUCUUCAUCUUCGUAUCCUGCUUGAUCAGAUCCUACCUUAUCAUCACGGGAAAGAACUCAAAAUGUCGGAGCUCACCUUCCCCGCAUCCUCAGCAGCUAUGCUAGAGUCUAGACUUCCGCCUUCAACAACAGCGUCUGGAACGUCACGGCCGUUUGUGACACUCACAUUUGCAACUUCACUUGAUUCAUCGCUUUCUCUGGCACCUGGCGUCCGCACUCGACUCUCCGGGCCCGACUCCAAAGCAAUGACUCACUAUCUUCGUUCACGACAUGAUGCUAUUCUCAUCGGCGUUUCUACACUCUUGGCCGAUUCGCCUGCCCUAAAUUGUCGUAUCACUGGUGCUGCAAGCCAGCCUCGGCCCAUUGUCAUUGAUCCUCAUCUCCGAUGGGCUCCUAGCAGCUCCGACAAAGUUCUAGAGGUUUCUCGCCUUGGUAAUGGUUUAGCUCCCUUUGUCCUGACUGGUGUGUCUAGCCAGAACUUGCCUGCUGAGAACGUUGCACUACUCGAACAGCAUGGCGGGAAGUAUAUCCAUGUUCCGACUACACUAGGGCCCAAUAAACGCAUGCGCUUUGACUGGCAUGAUGUAUUCAGAGCCUUGCAUCACGCAGGCCUCUCCAGCGUCAUGGUCGAGGGCGGCGGCCAAAUUAUCAACUCCUUGCUUGAUCCUCAAUAUCACGAACUAGUUGACUCCGUUAUUAUUACUAUUGCACCUACUUGGCUUGGCCAAGGAGGCGUUGUCGUGUCGCCAGAUCGCCUUCAGGAUCCAGCAGGUGUUCCAAUUCCUGCUGCGCGGCUAUCGAAUGUCUCAUGGCAUCCUUUUGGUGAAGACGUUGUCUUGUGUGGCAGGCUGCACGCUUAGUGCCUAAAGUUAGGCUAUAUUUAUAUACAAGCCUCUGAUUGAGUUUCAGUUAUUCCUCUGCUCUUCUCAACAUGUUUCUUGGAAACCGUCCUUGCUUACCUUGUCCUUCAACCCAAACUCCCAUCUCUCCCUGUAAUCCUGUACUA